CACUAAGGGGCGGAUGUGUGUGUUAGUAGGUGCUUUUGACAUGGUUUCUUUUUCAGCUAUCUUAUUUUGUGCAUCUUAUGUAUGUAAAAGUUUUUUUGUCAUGGUUAAAGGCUUGUAGAUGCUAUCGAUGAGUUACGUUCUUGCUGUAGGUUUGUUUUGAGAAUUAAUGAUGUGAUUUUUCAUGCUAUUAGGUGUUGAACAAAAAUUGUUAGGUGAAGUCGGGAUAUUCUUGAUGUGGUUUCUCAUGUUGUAAUGUGUUGGAAAAUUUGUUUGUGAUAUGUUUGAACUCUCAUGACGUAGUCCUUCGCGAUAUAAUGUGCUGAAACUUACUUAUCAUAUAUGUUUUGACACUCUUGUUGUGACCGUAUAUAGUAGAAAGUGUGGGAAUAAUUUGUAUGAAUUAGCUGGGCUUUCUUCUCGUAGUUUCUAGGUGUAAGAGCAUCCUGAAUCAAGAGGGUCAUUGUCAUUGUAUUGCAUAUGGUGUAGAAAAUGCUAGGAUCUUGUUGUUGUGACUUGUGACUAUGUUAGUCGUGUUAUCUCUUGGCUUGGGCUAAUGUGUUGGAGUACCUAUUGUGGAAAUGAGCUGAACAAAUGUUAAAUUGUGUGUUUUUGUGUUCUGUAAUGCGUUACUGUCCUAUUGGAUGACUUUGAUGCGAAAAUAUGCUGUGGGAAAAUUGGAAUGGUAGGAUAGGCUUUUAACAGAGGACCAUGACUCGAAUGCGGGGUCGGUUGUGUAAUGUGAGGUGGAUACACAAGUGUACCAGCUUCGAGGCAAGUGGUCGAGGAUGUUACGUCACUACUGGGUAUCGAGGCUCUGGGUACAAAAGGAUGGGGGUCGGCAUGAUGAAUCUUUGAUGAGGAGUAUUGGUUCUUGAUGUGGUGACGGUCAAGGACCAAUACGCUGAGUAGACGUCUUGGCCUUGAGUACAAAAGGUCAAGGGUCGAUGCACAGUUUGGGGUCCUGAGAGUAGGGUUCAAGGGUCGAUGCACAGUUCGAGGUCCUGAGAGUAGGGGUCAAGGUCGAACGUCAAGCUUCGGUAUAGGAGUGUCGGGGUAUUGGGUACAAAAGGCUGAGGGCCGAUACGAAUCAAAGAGUUAGACUUGGAGGACUAACAUAAUAUGAUGGGCAAGAAGAAACUCGGGAAGGGUAGAAGGCAACAAGCCUUGCGGUCGAAGUUCUGUGAGGCGUGAUGCUUGGACCGUAUGUAUGUGUAUUGACUUCUGUUUUUAUUUUUUUUUCCUAUUGUGAUGGUUACCAUAUGUAGUCUUGUGAUGCGUGUUGCGAUGUCGAGCAUGAUGUCUGUGUUUAGUUAGUGAGGGCUACUUACGAAGUAUUUUUACAUACUCACGCCCCUCUGCAAUUAUUGUUUUUAGGUGUAGGCCAAGUGUGUGGCCAUGGUGAUGACGUGGAGGAGGCUUGACCAAGAAAGGGGCUACGUUAACCUUACUCAGGAUAGUUGAAUUGUAGUAUGACUGUCGGGGGCGUAGGGACUCAUUGAUAGUAGUGGACUAGCUAUGGUUGUUUUUGUUUCGCGUUGAAGUAUUUUGUUUCCUUUCCAGUUGAACCUUUGUCGUCACUUGUUGGAUUGCUCAUUUACCUUGGACUUGUUGGUCAAGUAGAAGUUUCCUUUCUUUAUGAACUUAUUAGCUCACUGAGGGCAGACAAUCUUCAUUUAGGAGAUUUGGAGCACUCUGCUCCAGCAUGCUCGUCCGGAGGUUUCAUCGGGCUACGACAUGGGUAACGCCUCUGUUGCGAGACCUAACUGCUGGACAAAUAAUGGACCUUGGAGUCAGCAGACUGCAAGUUGGGAACUCUUGUUACUGUACAAUGGUUCAAGCUCAAAUGUGUCAACAGCUUGCUGAUAGAGAUAUGAAAAAUAAGGAUGUUAACAAUAGUAAAGCUUUGUGCCAGAGAUCAGAGCAAAAUGAUGGAGACAUGAGAAAGCACCAAAUUGGGGAAAAUGUCUCACGGAAGGACAAAAUUAACUUCCUUGUAGCCACACUUGUUGAUCUGAGAGGUAGUAAGGAGGCUGUUUAUGGUGCUCUUGAUGCCUGGGUUGCAUGGGAGCAAAACUUUCCAAUAGCAUCCCUUAAGCAGGUAUUAGCUGUUCUUGAGAAGGAACAACAGUGGCAUAGAGUUGUUCAGGUAAUCAAAUGGAUGUUAAGCAAGGGGCAGGGAACCACUAUGAGAGUCUACGGACAGUUAAUACGGGCUUUAGACAUGGACCAUCGAGCAGAAGAAUCGCACAAAUUCUGGGUCAUGAAAAUUGGUGCAGAUCUACAUUCGGUCCCUUGGCAAUUAUGCAGAAGCAUGAUAUCAAUAUACUAUCGAAAUAAAAUGCUAGACAAUCUUGUGAAGCUUUUUAAGGAUCUUGAAGCUUUUGGACGCAAACCUCCAGAAAAAUCCAUAGUGCAGAGGGUAGCAGAUGCGUAUGAGAUGUUAGGCUUGCAUGAAGAGAAAGAGAGGGUGUUAGAGAAGUAUAAAGAUCUUUUUACAGAUGAAAGGAAAGGACCCAUCCAGAAAUAUAACAAGAUUUCGUUUGAGAAAUCGAAGAGAAGAAGAAAAUUGACAAAGGUUUCGAAAGACAAUGGCGAUCUUAGGAAGCCUCAAUGAAUGAAGUAAACUGUUAGGUUAUAAAUUUUUUAAGCAUCAAAAAGUGAUGUAAUAGCAGCAGCUGUGUUAAUUGCAUAAGAUUUUUGCUGCACUAUUUAUUGGUUUUCUUUUCUUUUCUUGUUGUAGUAGGGAAAAUUCAUUUGACCUGACCUAAUUAGAAAUUAGUAUAGAUUAUAAAUUUAGUCGUCA